GCGGCCACAACGUGACUAUUUCUCUGCAGUCGAGGACUGGACACACACACAUGCCUUCGGUGGUCGGCGUUCUGGUCUUCACCCAGUUCUGGUUCUGGUUUCCUCUCUCUCACUUCCUGUCUCUGGCCUUCACCCCGACCUGUGUCAUCGGCCUUAACAAGGACCUCAAGAUGCCAAAAGUGCAGUACAGAUCCAACGUCAAGCCCUCCACGUUUGCCUACCCAGCCCCGCUGGAGGUGCCGAAAGAGAAGGAGAAAGAAAAGGUUUCUACCGCUGUGCUGUCCAUCACGGGCAAAGGCUAAGAAGAAGGAGAAAGAGAAGGAGAAAGAGAGAAGGAAGAGGAGAAAAUGGAAGUGGACGAAACCGAGAAGAAGGAAGAGAAGGAGAAGAAAAAAGAGCCUGAGCCGUCCUUCCAGCUCCUUGACAAUCCGGCCCGGGUGAUGCCCGCCCAGCUCAAGGUCCUCACCAUGCCGGAAAGCUGCCGAUACCAGCCUUUCAAGACCGUGAGUCGAGCGCGUAUCUCUCCACUG